UCAUGAAUGUUUCCGACAGCCCCUGAAUGCAGCACGACGCGACGUCCUGGUGGGCGUGUCCUGGCUUAACUCCGUCUGAGCUUGUUCGGGCUGUGUAUGGAAAACUCUGGAAGUUUCCAGGCGGUUUAUAAAGAAAACACCGAGCAGACCUUUACGCACAGCUGUCACACUCACCCAACAGGCUUCUAGGUCUUCUAGAUGGUCAAAAUGGGCAAAGACUACUACGACAUCCUGGGAAUUAAGAAAGGAGCGUCCGAGGACGAUAUAAAGAAAGCGUACCGCAAACAGGCGCUCCGCUUCCAUCCCGACAAAAACAAGUCACCGGGAGCCGAGGACAAAUUCAAAGAAAUCGCCGAGGCUUACGACGUGUUGAGCGACCCGAAGAAGAAGGACAUUUAUGAUCGUUUUGGUGAAGAAGGUCUGAAAGGCGGAGCCCCCCCAGGUGGUGGUGGUGGUGGUGGUUGUCCUGGUAACUUCAGCUACAGCUUCCAGGGCGACCCUCAUGCCAUUUUUGAAGAGUUCUUCGGUGGACGUAAACCCUUCGAACAGUUCUUUGGUGGCCGCAACGGAGGCAUGGAUGAGGAUAUGGAAACUGACGACCCUUUUGCCCGCUUUGGGAUGGGUGGAGGUGGAAUGGGAGGUUUCCCUCGCUCCUUCAGCUCUGGUAUGGGAGGAAUGGGCCCUCACAGUAGCGUUGUGAAGAAGAAUCAAGACCCCCCAGUGGUUCACGAUCUCCACGUGACCUUGGAGGAAGUUCUGUCGGGCUGCUUAAAGAAAAUGAAAAUCUCUCGUAAAAAGCUGAACCCCGAUGGGCGAACAACAAGGACAGAGGAUAAGAUCCUGGAGGUGCAGAUAAAGAAGGGGUGGAAAGAGGGAACGAAAAUCACGUUUCCCAAAGAGGGGGACGAGACUCCAACUAACAUUCCAGCGGACGUGGUCUUUGUGUUGAAGGACAAGACGCAUGCGAAAUUCAAACGUGAAGGCUCGGACAUCGUUUACACAGCAACAGUUUCACUCAGAGAUGCCUUGUGUGGCUGUACAAUCAACGCACCCACACUGGAAGGCAAAACAGUGAGCGUGUCAACAACAGAUAUCGUGAAGCCAGGGAUGAAGCGGCGCAUCAAUGGCGAGGGACUGCCUUAUCCAAAACGCCCUGAUCGUCGAGGCGACCUAUUAGUGGAGUAUGAGGUCAAGUUCCCAGAACGGCUCAGCCAGAGUGCCCGGGACACCAUCGCCCAGGUCCUCCCACAAUCUUAAACAAGAUCAACGGACAAACAGGACUUUAAAAUUAUCACACUAAGCUGCCAACUUUUUUUUGUCGGUCAUCGCAUUGACAUUAAUGUGGCGUUAUAAAUCACAUGAGACCAUAAAGGACAGACUCGUGAGACAGAUGAGUGUAAACUGUUACCCAGAGUGUAAAAACACCUUGGGAAAACGCCUUUUGUGAAUGAAUGCAACAUUUCACAGGGUAAAAUGUAAAUAUGACCAAUGUCGUUUGGUGUUUGAUACUGAAUAAGAUUAUAUUUUGAUGGCAAUAAGUACAAUGUGUGCUGUAUUAUAUGAUGAAAAAUGUAUGUGAAUAUAUAUUCUGUUGGAACGGUUUUGUUGGUAUUAAAGGUUUUCCUUAAAAAAAUAAGGAUUGAAUGGUUUACUAACUUAUGAUGGAACGCUUAUGAAGCAUGAUGAAGGAUUAUAUUUCUGGACUGAGAAACCAACUUUUCAAUUAAAAGUUGUUUGUUUGUUUGAAUGACCAGCAUUGCAGCUCAUGCAGUGCAAAAAAUACAACUUUGCUUUCAAAUAAAAAUGUGUUUAGUGACGGAUGUUACAACAACAGGCAGUACUUAUUGUUGGACUGAAUUUUCAAGCAU